GGACAGGUUCGAUGCUCAUUGAAUCUGGAGGACCCGCAUCCUGCAUUCCUCGUAUGCCACAACCUCGAUACGACAAAGUCAUUAGGACUUAUAUCAUCAAACUUUUGUCCACCAAAAUCGCCCGCACAAUCGUUUACAAUGCCUACCUUCCAUCCUCUUCGUAUCCUGCUACCGCUCCUGUCGUUAUGCGCAAUAACCGCGUACUGCAUGCCGUUUGCCCAGCAGGGCGAUGAUUUCGUCGCUACUGUGACGGUAGCAACCGUCACGAUACAGCCGACUCAGGCAUCGCUCACCGCCGGCGCUGCUGAACCAACCGCAAAAGGGCUCUUGAGCUAUCUGCCAGAACCGGACAGACGCGGCACCAUGGACAUCAUCUUGAGUUGCGUUGUAACGCUAUUCCUAUGCAUCUGGACCACUGUCGCAAUCAACAUCGAGCCAGUCAUCAAACCCGGCAAGGCCGGCUGGAUCGCAGCGAUCGACCGUCUCCUGGCCGACCGCUCGGUCCGGAAGGUGGGCUGGAGCCUUACCAGUCUCAUGGUGCCCGAAGCAACAAUGACGAUCGCCGCAUACGAGAUGUGUACGGCGCGGCUGCUGCGUCGCGCGAUGCAAAAGACUAUGCAAGCGCGAGACGCCGCUGCCGGCGAUCGAAAGGAGAGCGACGACCGGGGGCCCAAGUCCGAAGUCCGACAGCAGAUCGAUGUCAAGCAGAAGCCCGAGGAUUGGAUGGAUCUGAAACUCCCGUUCUACGCCGUCAUGGGCGGGUUCAGGGUUGUCUACCAGCAUGAUCGGGAGGAUGCCCAUGCUGAAGGCGCGGCGCCCGCACAGGAGGGCCAGCAGGAAGAACCGAGAUUCGCUACUGAGCCGGAGGGUUCGCAGGCGGGGAAUAAUGCUUCGAGCGGUACGAACAGGAAACAGAAACACACGUGUACGGCCAACGGUACCUAUGCGAAGAGCUGUAGUCGCCAGGCCGGGUUCUUGUCCAACAUAAAGUACGGCACCAAGAAGAAGUGUCCCUGGUUCGUCAAAGAUCUGUACACCGGGGAGUCCGCCGGCACACUCACGCCUCACGGUGUACUCUGGAUGGCAGAGAGGGGCUGGCUGCCCCUCGUCUCCCCAGACUUUGUCGACGACAAGUCGAAGGUCGAUGCUCUGGCAAAGAUAUUGGUGUGCUUCCAGGCUUUCUGGAUGAUAAUGCAGGCGAUCGGACGAGUGGCCGCAAAUCAGCCCGUCACCUUGCUCGAACUCCACACGGUCCUGCACGUUGUGUGUGCUGGAACGAUGUACACCACUGUAUGUUUCACCGUUCGAACGGCAGAUAUUCGCGGUAGUAUGUACUCGGAGGCACGUAGCUAACACGUUCCACAGUGGUUCAAGAAGCCGGUCGACAUCGACCUCCCGACCGAAAUCUUCCUCACCUACGAACAAUUCGACGAGCUACGGCGGGCGAGCCAAGUCACCGACGACCU